GCAAAUAAUUUUCUUUUCCCACCUGGCAACAGGCAAUUGCGCGCCUAAUUUCAAGAAAAUGGCAGAAAAAGUCGCUCACAAUGGGAAUUCGUCUUACCAUGAUGAACAUCAAUACUUGAGUGCCAUUAGAAAGAUAAUUGAUCAUGGGGUCCUCAGAAGUAACAGGACUGGUGUUGAUACCAAGUCAAUAUUUGGAAUGCAAAUGCGGUAUUGUCUUAGAAACACCUUUCCCCUGUUGACAACAAAAAGAGUUUUCUGGCGGGGAAUAUUGGAAGAGCUUCUGUGGUUCAUUCGAGGGUCAACCAACGGCAAUGAGCUCAAAGAAAAAGGUGUUCACAUAUGGGAUUCUAAUGGUUCCAGAGAAUUCCUGGAUAAUAGAGGUCUACGAGAUAGGGAAGAAGGUGAUCUAGGUCCAAUUUAUGGAUUUCAAUGGCGGCAUUUUGGGGCUGAAUAUUCAAACAUGCAUGCUGACUAUGAUGAGAAAGGUGUGGAUCAAUUAAGAGACGUCAUAACAAAAAUAAAAAAUGCACCCAAUGAUCGAACCAUUGUGAUGUGUGCUUGGAAUCCAAAAGAUCUUCCUAUAAUGGCACUACCUCCCUGCCACUGUCUGGUCCAGUUUUAUGUUGCCAAUGGUGAACUCUCUUGUCAAUUAUAUCAGAGAUCAGCUGAUAUGGGGCUUGGAGUGCCUUUUAAUAUUGCAAGCUAUGCUCUCCUUACCUGCAUGAUUGCACAUGUGACUGGAUUGAAGCCUGGGGACUUUGUACACACUUUAGGUGAUGCACAUGUGUAUGUCAAUCAUAUCCAGCCUUUACAAGAACAGUUGAAGCGCGAGCCCCGUGAGUUCCCAUCUUUGUUAAUCAAACGACAGGUCAGUGACAUAGAAGACUUCAAAGCUGAUGACUUUGAGAUACUGAAUUACAAUCCCCACCCAAAGAUACAAAUGGACAUGGCAGUUUAAACCCAUGAUGUAGAAAUGUAUGUUCAGUAUUUUAUCAAAUGUAAAUUUUUAAUUUUUAGAAUAAUUUCUGAUGAACCUUUUUGCUUAAGUAGUUUAUAUAUAUAUAUA